UCAACUUCCUCCCUCUAGCAACUUGUCAAAAAUCAAAGUCAAAACCGUCAAAACUCAAAACGGAAAAAUACUAAAUAUUUUCCAGAGUUUCAAUGCAAAACCCACAGUAAAAUUGCUUGAAAGCAAAAAACAAUGCCCAGCUCGCUCCUGUUUGGGAUUAACAAUGAGGGGAGAGUUCACACGUUAUCCACAACAGGCUCAAUGUGGAGAGAGUUGCCCUAUAACGGGCAAGAAUUUAAAAAACUCUCUGGGGUGCCCCAUUUUCUUUGGGGAUUGGGGGGCGACCAUCAGUUAUACGUCUAUGUGCAUGCUCUGGACAUACCCAUAAGAAUACGGGAGGAAUCUUACGAAAAUGAACGCUGGCUGCCCAUCGAGGGGUUUAGCUCCAGAUUGCUGCCCACGGAUCGGUUUCACUUUUCGAAUGAUGAUGGAACUGUGGACAGAGCUAUAGACAAGAUCAGGCUGCCUUCAAUGGCCUGGCAAUGGGAAGGUGACUGGCAAAUCGAACUCACCCUGAAUGGCCAACCUUUGGACCACAAUGGUUGGACGUAUGCCGUGGACUUUCCCUCCCAAUACUAUCCGAAAAAGCAGUGGAAAAGCUGCGUUAGAAGAAGACUGUGGACCAGAACGGCCAAGUAUUGCGCUAUGAACAGUUGGUGCGCCAUUGCGCCUCUGCACAAGGAUGCCACCAAAGAACCCUUCAUUGAUAUCGCAAUCGGAGGGCAAAGCCUGGCUGGUUGUGAACCUGGGGGGAUGCUGGUUUGGGCGGUAACGUCUCACAAUAGGGUGAUGUUUCGCACAGGGACAAGCACGAAAUCCCCCGAAGGGGCCAAAUGGAACCAUAUCCAAGUGCCGCCCGGUUGUGAAGUGAAUCAAAUUAGUGUUGGUCCAAGUGGGUUGGUUUGGGCUGCGCUGCUUGAUGGCAGGGCGUUGGUUCGACUUGGAGUCACCAGAGACAAUCUACAAGGAGAAUCCUGGCUGGAAGUUCGCAGCCCGGGCGAUAAUCUGCGGAUUAUUCAACUUGCAGUGGGCAAUUGCAGCAUUUGGGCAGUCACGCAAGACAAGCAGAUUUGGUUCAGAUCGGGAAUAAAAGGAGAGGGCGCAGGCCUAAGCGAAGAACUGGCAGCCGGCUCCGGUUGGAUCGAAAUGGUGGGCAGGAUGAUGCAAGUUUCGGUCACACCCAACGAUCAAGUAUUCGCUGUAGGAGCUGAUGAUCGACUGAUUUAUCAUCGGACCGGCAUUUGCCCGGAAGACUUAACAGGGAAACGCUGGAGGGCGUUGAGGGCUCCCUUGCAAGUCAGUAGAACAAGUAGUAACGCUAGCCUUGGACGUGAUAAGUUUCAUCGUAGCUUGAACCAUCUUGGGAGUCGGCCUAGUAGCAUGAUUGAACAAUCCAACUUGGCUGAAUUCGAAGAACAAUCGCGGUCAGCGCCGCUGGCGCCUACUUCUUUGCCUGCGGGCGAUUGCAAAUAUGAAGUUCAACCGAAAAACCCGAAAGCAUGGAGCCCAGUGCAUUCGGUAGGCUCAAUUGUCGGCACCGAAGCUCAUCCAGAAACGGACGAGAGCGUCUGGAGCGAAUCCAGUCGGGACUCUUGCAUUUUUACUGAAGAUGAAGAACUCGGUUGGGCCGAGUAUGAUGCACCAUGGUCCUGGGUUGAGGCUGGAACGUGUCUGCCAGAACUCAACCAGCUCCCAAACUGGUUCUCUGACUCCAGCUGCGGAGCAAUGCAGGAAGAGUUCGAACAUCCAUGGCGCAACAAGAUUCUGGAUGAUUUAAAAGCGCGCGUACCCAACAAGGAAUUGUUUGAUAUCUACGAACCGGCUGUUGAUGUAACUUCAUGGAUGCACAAGGGGGAGGCGAGAGUCAACUUAGGUGGCAUCAGCUUUCUGGAUUGCAUUUUGCAGCUGGAAUGGAUUCAAACCACUGGAACAGUCACGAUUCUGAACUCGGACGGCGCCACCACUAUGCAUUCCUUCGCUUUAAGUGAUAUUACCUGCGUGCAGCUCAAUAGUGAACCGGGAAGUCCGAGAUUGGCCAUUCACACUCCACGAAACUAUCCUGCCAUAGUAAUUUUACAAUUUUCAAGUGAUGCUUUGUUGGAAGAGUGGCAAACACAUUUAGCGAGUACUUGCGAGAAGCUGCGAGACAUACAAGGCAAGCCAAGUGAUGAUAGUAUCUGGGCAGUAACCAAAUUAGGAGACAUUUUUGUUUGGGAUCCGUCGAAUCUCGAAAGCCAUCAGCUGAGGGAGGACGAUUUCUAUAUCCAAAAGUUCGACCUCAGUGGAAAGGAAUGUCCGAUUAAAGUGGCCUUACAUGUUGGGUGCGCUCCAGGAACUAUUUUAACAUUAACAGGUUGUAUAGGAGAUGAAGCCAACCGACUGAGCAUAAAUUUAGAAGCUCCGAUAACGUAUAAAAGUAAACACAAAGCGUUUGCUGAGCUGGAAAAUGUAUGCCUGCAUAUAAACCCUCGAUUUUUCGACAAUGCCGUGAUCAGGAAUUCAAUGUCCGAAGGAAAAUGGGACGCGGAAGAACGAGAGGGAGGAAUGCCGUUCCUCAAGGGACAGGAAUUCCGGUUGCUAAUCCAGAGCACUGAGGACGCAUUCCAAAUAUCGGUCAACGACAAGGAAUUCACCAGAUUUCGCCACCGGUUGUCGCCACAUUCCGCUUGCAUUUUGCAUCUUAGUGGUAAAAUGCAGCCGUUUAAGCUAGUGAUAAAAAGUCCUGUGAUUAUCGUCGAUCCUUUGGAGCUGUUUUGGCGGCAGAUCGGAGGCCAUCUGCGUAGAAUAGAAACCUGCAAUGCGGGCGUAACUUGGGGAAUUGGGUGUGAUCAUACAGCAUGGGUCUACACUGGCGGAUGGGGCGGAGGCGUUUUGGCGAAUCUAGACAGUCACAAUGUACAGCCCAUGACGGAUUCGCAGGAUUAUCGCGUUUACGAGAACCAACGGUGGAAUCCUGUUACUGGUUAUACCGCUUCUGGUUUACCCACUGAUAGACACAUGUGGAGCGAUGUUACGGGCCGUCAAAAGCGUUUAAAAGAUCAAGUAAAGCUCCUAUCAGCGCGGUGGCAGUGGGUCUCUGACUGGAUGGUUGACUUUCACGUGCCAGGCGGAGUGGAUAGGGAGGGCUGGCAAUAUGCGGUGGAUUUUCCCGCCUCCUACCAUGCCAAUAAACAGUUUACUGAUCUGGUUCGCCGGCGAAGAUGGUACAGAAGGUGUGCAAUUGCUACCACAGGUCCAUGGCAGGAAUUGGGCCACACCAAGCUGCUGGACGUUUCCUUAGAGCCGACGAAUGAUGAGGCCGAUGCUCCUGUUGCAGUUUGGGCGCUGGCAUCAGGCGGCCAAGCCAUGUUUCGUGUGGGAACCUCCAGAUCCAAUCCAUUGGGCCAUAUUUGGGAGCAUAUUACAACGGACCAACCAUUGGGUAGCAUCAGUUGCGGUCCAUUCAGCCAAGUAUGGGCAACUGGAAAAAAGGGCUGCGCCUACUUCCGCGUGGGGAUUAAGGAGGACAAACUGCAAGGAGAGAGGUGGAUUUGCGUUGAGCCUCCUGGAGGGGCGCAGUUAAAGCAAAUCGCGGUGAAUGCAGUGGGAAUAUGGGCGGUGGAUACUCUGGGCCGGCUAAAUGUGAGGAAGGAGGUCACAAGCAUGUUUCCCGAAGGAACACAUUGGCAAAGCAUUGUGGCUGAUCCGCCGGUUUUAAAUGCGGCACCUCACACCAAGGGCUUUAAGCAUGUUAGUGUAGGCAAAACAGAAGUUUGGGCGAUUACUGAUGGGGGAACUGUGAUACGACGAAUCGGAAUCUCCGCAAGCAAUCCAGCAGGGUCCGGAUGGGAUGUUGGAAUUGCGGGCAAUUGGCAGCAUAUAAGUAUUAAAGGGUUCAGAUAGACCCACUUUGGUGGCACGGUUAUAGCAGGCUUUUUAAUAGCUAAAAAAUCGCCGAUUGUAAGUACCUCUAUCCUCUAUCGUUUAUAUACUAGCUGAUAAGUGGACGUGGGAUAUUUUCGCCAAUUACGCGCUUAACCAGAUUUAUCUUAUUAAGGCAAAGCUUAACCAUAUCGCGGAAAAUGAAAUUGUCUAGUCACUUUUGAGCCAGAACUCCAUAAGCGAUUAAAUUCCAUUUUACGAGUUUUUUUAAACCAAUUAUAAAUUACAUUUAGGAAUGUUUUCCGGGCUUUG